AUGUCUGAUACUUCAAGUCUGGAUUGCAAAACAUGUACAUUAAUAGACAGAACAAAUUUGCAGAAAGUUAAAGUUAUACGUUUUAAAGUCGCAAGCACUGACACUCCAAAUUCUAUUAUUGAAGCGAUCUCAACAUAUUUCGGAUAUCAGGCCUUCGAUCUAUACGAAGGUGACUCUCUAUGUGUAAAAUCAUAUUCUUCGUUUACUCACGAGGGGUGGCAUGAAGUUCGACCAGCUGGUUCCUUUCCACAAGAACCUCUCAGUAAGUUCGUUGAAGAGAUGUCUCUCGAACGAGGGAAAAGCGAUGUUAUAAAUGUUAACAGAAGUCACGAAAUCGCGGAUCAUCAAAACAUGAGUAGGGAACGACGACCGGCUAAGCGAUCAUUCGAUAAACAUGGUCAUCCGGGAAUCCUUAAAAGAUCCUGCAGGAAAAAAAGACAACAAUUGGCAUGUAAUGCGUGUCGAAAGGCCAAGAAAAAAUGUGUCAAACCCGCCGAGGGCCCAUGUGAUAAAUGUCGUAAAUUUGGAAAGGAAUGUCAAAUACCAAUUCAUAAGGAAUCUUAG